AUCUUACCCGCGCCGCGUCGCCAUGUUGGAUUGCACCUCUGUCUCGAAAGGGCUCACCGAGAGAAACGCUAACCUCUCCGACGUAUCUCGAGUUGACAGGGCAUCGAUCACCUCGACUUUCCUCCAUUUCCCGAGCCGGGAUACAUAUUUCACUCGCUUCCCUCGAUUUCUUCUCCUUUCUUCUUGCGCUUUCUCGAAAAGGGCGGGAGUUAAUUCGAAUCGAGAUGUGGCCCCAUCUCGCGGCAAUACCUGGAACACGGUAACGCUUAAGCGAUGGUAACCCUAUUCAAGUAUCUGGUGGUAUGUUAGAGUUACCAUGAGUUAUUUAUUCGUAAGGCGGUUCCACCAUUCUCCGCGAAGUGGCGACUCCGCCGAGGUCCCAAAAUCGACAAGAAAAUGGCGGACGACGAGAUGUCCCGAGUUUCUCGACCAGGACUGCCGAUAGUCGCCGAUAGUAUAGAAUUGACGCGAAUUCGGGAGACGCGGACCCGGAAACGAGUAUUCCGCGUUUCUCGGCCGUCACGCGGACGGCGGAAUAGUAAUCGGAAAUCGUGAAGAUCGGCGCAAAACACGAUGUUGAAGCCCAGAGCUCUUAUGGAAGUGCUGACCCGAGCGAACACAGGAGGCGUCGAGAAUACCUUGUUGCUGAGUAAGGACGGUGGAUUAUUGGCGUACAGUGGUUACGGGCAUAAAGACGCAAGAGUGACAGCUGCUAUAACUAGCAAUAUCUGGUCAGCCUACGAGAAAAACGGACGAAACGCGUUCAAGGAGGACGAGCUGCGAUUUGUCUUGAUGGAUUGUGCGGAAGGGAAGGUCGUCGUCACCGAAGUAGCCAACUUGUUGUUGUGCCUCUACGCUAGGGGAGACGUUGGCUUCGGCAUCCUCCGAGAGAAAGCCCAAGCUCUGGCGAAGUACUUGGAGGAGCCACUAAAAACUAUCGCGAGUAUGCCGUAAAGUGCGAGAUAUCGACUCAUAGAUAAGUCGCGAGUAAAUUCGCGAGGCUUCGGUGCAUCUCUAUUGACGAGAGCCCGUGGCGACUGCACUGGAUCGCAUGAACGAUCGAAGAUGUACAACAAAGUCUUUAUUUAUUUUAUGGUACAACAAAUACAAACGACUAACUACCCGUCG